AUGCCUGUAAGUAUCAACUUGGAUUCGCUUGCCACCGACCCAUCUGGCAGGAGGGCGUUCAACGCCGUAUCCCUCGCCGUCGCCAAGAGCAAGAAAAUAGUGGUCGUGACAGGCGCGGGGAUCUCCUGCUCCUGCGGCAUACCCGAUUUCCGUUCGUCCGACGGUCUCUACAACCUCGUCAAGCAGAAAUACCCCGACACCUUUGUCAAAGGCCGCGACCUCUUUGACUCCUCUCUCUUCCGGGACCCCACAUCCACAUCCCUCUUUUACACAUUCAUCUCUAACCUCAAACGCUCCAUCGACUCCGCCAAGCCGUCCCCGACACACCGCUUCAUCAAGACACUAGAUACCAAGGGCAAGCUACUUAGAUCAUAUACCCAGAACAUCGACGGCCUCGAGGAGCGCUGCGGGCUUGCCGGGAGCUCCAGCGAGGAGGUCAGGUCCAGUGGCAAGGGCAAGGGCAAGAUUAAGAUGAGGGAAGUCAGGAAUGUGCAACUACACGGGGAUAUACACCGCGUGAGGUGCAUGUUAUGCUCGGCCGAUCUGGUAUGCGGGGAGGAGCACCUGCAGAAAUUCGAGGAAGGGGAAGCACCGGAUUGUCCGGAGUGUUCUGCGAGAUCCGAAGCCCGCCUUGCCCGUUCCGCGCGCCCCCUCAAAGUAGGCACCCUCCGACCAGCCAUUGUGUUAUACGACGAACCACACCCGCUCGGCGAGGACAUCGGCGCCAUCCAGACCUCAGACAUCAACCGCAAGCCGGACUUACUUAUCAUUAUGGGCACCUCCCUCAAGGUGCACGGUUUCAAGAAGCUCGUGAAGGACUUUGCCCGCGUCGUCCACUCGCACUGCGAAACCCCCUGGACGCCCUCUCCCUGGGCCGGGAAGGUCGUGUUCGUCAACAAGACCGCGCCUGGGAGCGAGUGGGAGGGGAUCAUCGACUACUGGGUGCAGGCGGACACGGACACCUGGUCCGAGAAGACCCUGGACGAGUGGAAGAAGAUGCGGCCUGCGGACUGGGAGAUCCAGAAGACGCUGGUGGGCGAUGCCGACAGCAGCUUCCGGGUUGUCAAAGAGGUCGCUGCUGGCAAAGGGAAGAAGCAGAAACCUGGCAGGGAAAAUAUCCCGCCAGCCAAUCCCGCAGUGCCCAAACAUGCAAAGGCAGCCGCAAAGUCUCUUCCUUCCCCGCCUUCGUCACCCAGCAAGCGCCAAGGAGGGGCCUGUCAUUACUCCGACGAGGAAUCCAGCCCCUCGAAAAAGCGAGUUGUUACUACGAACAACACGGACUUUGAGGAGAGAGGCCUGUUGUUCGGUGAUACCACAAACAAGGAGGAUACCAGAGUUGAUGACGAUGCCUUUGACAUGGGAGAGGUUAUCCCCGUGAAGAAGACCAGAGGACGGCCCAGAGUGAAGGAGGCAAAGGAAGAGGCUACCCGCGCUACUUCCAAGAGGGCUCCCAGCCGGCGGAAGGAAAUGUUCGUUGAUCUAGUUGCUCUGUAAUGGGCUUCGCGGUCAAUGUAUUGUAUUAUAUUGUAAGAUGCGCCGUGGGCAGCUUCAUUAACUUAUCGUCUGUAAUCUGUCUUCAAGUGUUGCCUGUCAGUAACACGAGUGUCAAGGACGAGAACCAUCC